AUGGAGAGGGUGCAGGACUUCCUCAGGGAGCGGGGCAAGGACCAGGCGGGUUUUAUCACCCACUCGGACAUGCAGAGAUUGCAGGAGGAGAAUUUCCCGUGCAGCAUGGAGGAGCUGGAGCUCGUCUUUGAUGGGCUGGAUGCCGCUGGCACUGGGCGGUUAAGCACCAAGGAAUUCACUGCUGGGCUCUGGCAGUUCCUGAGCUCCCAAAAAGCUGCCAGGGAUCACCGCCAGUUGAAAACAACGUCCCGGAGAGUCCGCUUGGUCCUCCCCAGCCCAGUGUUGGAGGGGGUGGACAGCGAGGAGCAGAGACACUUUGCUGCCUUUAUGGACCAGCUGGGCAUGGACAACGUCUAUGAAGAACAGGAGAUCUGGCAGCUCUGGGUGAAGCUCCGGCAGGACGAACCUCAGCUCCUGGGCAACCUGGAGGACUUUCUGGCCAAGAUGAGGCACCGCAUCCACGAGGCCAAGAGCAAGAAGGAGGCUUUGGAGGUGACUCUGAACAAGCGUGUGGCUGAGCAUGACAAGGAGGUGCAGCAGCUCUGCGAGAGCAUGGCCCGGACCCACCAGCACGACGUGGAGCUGCAGCGAGCACUGGAUGCCAGCGAAAGGGAGGUGCAGCGCUUAGUCAUGGCACAGAUGGAGCUGGAGGCACGGUGCCGCAGCCUGUGCAGCACACAGCAAGCCACCAGCGCUGAAAACCAGCAGCUGGAGGAGAGCAACCGGGUGUUGGAGGACCGCCUGCAGCAUCUUCAUCAGCAGCUCCAGCAGACCCACAGGCGCCUGCGGACAGCGAGGGCCAUGGUGGCUUGGGAGCAUGUGGAGGAGUCUGGGUACGGAGUGGUGGCAGAGCUGCCCAGCAAGACGCCAAUGUCCCCACAGACAAGUCCAGAGAAGAGCGAGAAGUACCGGUCCGAGAUGCGGAUCAGGCUGGGGUCCCAGAGCACCGAGCCCAAAGCCAAGAGCAUCCACCAAGUGUAA